UGGGGGGAAUUCACAAAAGUGUCGGUAAAAAAAGUAACCCAGAAGUGGCGGUCGACAAAUUUGUAAAAUGUCGUAUGUACGUCAAAUUCACAAAGGGAGAUGUCACUGUCUUUGAAUCUCUCGUAAGUCCGGCAUUUUUAUAAAAUGUCGUAUAUAUUUUGUCGGUGGAACGACGGUUUAGUUAAAUUGUCGUAGUUACGUCAAAUUCAAGAAAAAAGGCGCAAUCACUGUACAACUGAUUAAAAUAAUGUCGUUAGAACGAAUAAAUAUGUCGUGUACCCGAAAGAACAUUUCCUAGCACGACAACUGCAGAAUAGCUUCACGUCACGUUGUAGAUGAGUUCUGUCACUCAGAGGAAGCUGCUUAAUCCUGAGGAGAUUUCGUUUUUCCGAAGAUAUUGUUCCUGAGGUUAUUCUAUAUAUAUUUAAAAUUUUCUAUUUAGAUUUCCUGGUUUUGACCUUGGCUUGUUUCUGGACACUGUUGCCUGCUGCCUGACCCGACCUUUGGCCUGUUUACUGGACUCUGUUUUUGCCUGCAGAUUCUUUUCAUCACAGAUUAUGGAAAUUAUAUUUCCCUCACUGUUUUUCUUCCAUUUAAGAAAGAAAAGAAUGGAAAAAGUCGAUAAGCCUUUUAAUAAUGGAAAGCAAGUUAAAAGGCGCAAAUGCCAGAAGAUAAAAAUGUUUCGUGACCGAGUGACGCUGGUGGACCUAACGGACACUGAGAUUAAGGAUCGAUACAGGCUAAACACUGUGGAGAUUCUAUCGCUGUAUGAUGUGCUGAAAGUGAAUUUGUGCAAGCCAACUAAAAGAUCUCACGCCAUCCCUGGCCUUGUACGUUUGCUGUUGGCAUUAAAUUUUUUUGCAAAAGGUGACUUUCAAAGUUGCAUAGCAGUGAUUGGCGGUGUGUCUCAAAGCUCUUGCAGCCGCUCAUUGGAUGAAGUUUUGAAAGCAAUUAUGUUAGUUUAUAAAUCGUAUGUCUACUUUCCUUCUGACAGCAGUUAUUUGAAUACAGUUAAAGGAAAAUUUUAUGAGAUUGGCGGAUUUCCUAACAUUGUGGGAAUUAUAGAUUGUACACACAUUACACUAUGCCCACCUGCUGACCUGGAGCACAUUUACAGAAAUCGGAAGAGCUCCCACAGCAUUAAUGUCCAGCUUGUGUGUUCCUUUAAUCUAAAAUUUGUGGAUAUAGUUGCUAAAUUCCCAGGCUCUUCUCACGAUUCGUAUAUCUUGUCAAAUUCAUCUUUGUCUGAACGUUUUCAACAGGGCGAAUUCAAAGAUUCGUGGCUAUUAGGAGAUUGUGGAUAUCCGUUAAAACUUGGCUGAUGACGCCAGUGUGGCGGCCUAAGAAUGCAAAAGAAAAAAACUACAACCGAGUCCAUGCUACAACAAGAUGUAUAAUUGAAAGAGCAUUUGGAAUCUUAAAGAGCAAAUUCCGUUGUUUGGACAUCACUGGGGGGUCACUACUGUACUCGCCUGAAAAGGUGUGCUACAUUGUUGUAGCGUGUGUUGUUUUACAUAAUAUCAUUAUACAAAGGGUCCAAAAUGAUGUAUGUGAAAUCCAACCAGCAUGUGAAGAAAACACUGACCUUCAAAUGCAUGUUGACCAGAAUGAAGCAAUUAUCACAAGGAACGAUUUGAUUCAACGAUUUUUUUGAUUGAUUCACUUGACUUUGGGAGGUUACAUUUUUUUUUGUAAAACUUGUUUAUAUUCUUAUUGUUGAUAUCUUGUUAAAUGUAUUCAUAUGAAAAGCUUACAAAACAAUCUUAAAAGGGUGGUUCUCCUUUACAGUAAAUUUACUUAUGUUAUAGAAAGGCUAAUUGAAAGGAACUUUUCAAUUGUUUUUCAUUAUUUAAUUUAAUUUAGAGUUAUAUGUCAUUUAUAUGCCAUUUUCUUCUAACUCUUCUUUUGACAGCAUUCCAAUGGGCGUCACUGUCCCCCUUCUAAAAAACAAAUGCUCUGUAAAGCUACAAAUUUAUUGUUAAUGCUUCUUUGUUUUGUGAAUGUUGCUAUUCAGGCCUCUCCUGUUUAGAUUCCAGUUUCUUAUUCAAAUCAAUGCAUGAUUGCUAGACAAAUGUUGGCCCUAGUUUGCAGAUUGGUUCAGAUGCAAAUUGAAGAAGCGCUGAAUAGAACUGAAAUAGUUGAGCUCCUGUUUGAAAUGUAACAGCCUAUACACACCUCAUAUAGCCUGUAUGGCGGUAUUCUUUAUUCAUUUGUCCAUACAAAAUCUCUUCUGUUCAGUAAAUUUUGUCGGCUGGCGAGCCGUGUACAGCCUCCUUCAAAUCAUUUCUAAGAUUUAUUACGAUAUUCAGGUGGGGUAGCGUGAUGGACAUUUGCAAAAAUUUAAUUUUCCACAAAUGUUUGCACAACCAGAUUUACACAUUUGUUUUAAUUUCAUGCAACAGAAUAUUGUGUCACUAAAAUUCUUUGUUUAUAAAACAUCCCACUAUUCAGAUUUGUAUUGAAAUUAAAAGACAUACCACUGUUAUUUUUCACAUUGAAAUUGGAGUAAAUAGUAAUGCAUAUUAAAAUGAUAUUUAACUUAUUGAGCAUGGUGGUAUAUUUUUUAUAUUCUUUU